CACCUUAUGCCCCCAGGAGACUGCUCUGUAAUAUGCCACCCAUUUUGACCGCAGCUCAUUAACAAGCUUCAUGUUCAUACAUCCACGCUUGGUGGUCACACAGGGCGGAGCUUCGAGCCCACAAGCCCUGGCCACUGGGCACGGCCAAAAUCUCGCGAAGCAAUAAGAGCUCACUCUUAGCGUAACAUUGUGUCGGGUGCCGCGUAGACGAAUAAAUAUGGGGUUUUUUAAUGUUUUACUAUUAGCGCACGUCUUGGUAUACUUCUGCUCUGGACAGCCACCUCUGGCACGGACACCGAGCCCAGGCCAGGGUCCUGUGGGCACCCGGGGGCCUGCAGGGUCCCCGGGAUCUCCUGGCCGUGAUGGAAACGAUGGUCUGAGAGGACUUCCUGGGGCACCUGGACAAACUGGAGAGAAAGGAAACCCUGGCCCCUCGGGAGUCGUGGGAAAAUCUGGGCCACCUGGCAUUCCCGGUAGCGACGGAAUUGUAGGUCCUUCUGGUGACAUUGGACCUUCAGGGAGCCUGGGACAAAAGGGAAACCAAGGACCGCCGGGUCCCCCUGGGUCAUCGGGACAACUACUGGGCGGUCCCCCGGGCAUCCCAGGGAAAAAAGGACCCUCAGGAGGAGUUGGUCUUCUUGGAGCUCCCGGGAACAGUGGGCCUCAAGGCCUGCCCGGACCACCAGGGCCACCUGGCCUGGAGGGUCUUCCUGGAAUCAUGAGUGCAGAUGGCAAUGCAGAGAUUGAGUGCGUAGCUUCGUGUCACCCUUCACUUCCGGGUCCAAGUGGCGUCAUGGGUCCCAAGGGUCAAAAAGGUGAAAGGGGAGAGUUGGGCGUGCCAGGCAAGCAAGGUCACAAGGGAGAAGAAGGACUGCAGGGAGAAACGGGCCCACCUGGGGACUCGGGCAGCCAGGGGCUUCCUGGCCUUCAAGGAGUGACUGGUAUGGUGGGCGCUAAAGGCGACACAGGUCUUCGAGGAAAGGAUGGAAAACAAGGUGUCGUGGGCAUCGCUGGACCUUCGGGCGAUGAAGGGCCCAGGGGUAUUACUGGAAAGCCUGGAAUUAAAGGAGACACGGGUCUACCCGGUCCUCGGGGAAAGAUUGGGUAUCCAGGACCAAAAGGAGACCUGGGCCUUGGAGGGGUCAAUGGCCGUGAUGGGAUUACAGGACUCCCCGGCAAAAAGGGUGACCCAGGCAAGCCAGGAAGCGUUGGAGAGGUUGGGAUCCCGGGCGUUCCGGGCUCACCCGGCUCUUCUGGAGCAAAAGGGGAACAAGGCGGAAAGGGCGAACAAGGAAUAUCAGGAGCUGUGGGGCCAGCUGGCCCACAAGGGAAAUCGGGUGACAAAGGACCUCCCGGAAAAGGUGGACUCAUGGGAUCAGAUGGACCACCGGGUGUUGCAGGGAAGCGUGGUAUGAGAGGUCAUGUCGGAGUACAUGGAAUCGUGGGUUCAAAAGGUAAUCCCGGCUUCCAAGGUCUUCCCGGGACAUCAGGACUGCCUGGAAUUAAAGGAGAAAAGGGCUUAACGGGAAUAGUUGGAGAAAAGGGAGCCGCUGGUAUUCCAGGGAUUGAUGGUUAUGAAGGAAUCAUCGGUGAUGUGGGGCCUCAAGGUGAAUCAGGCCCCAAAGGAGAUACGGGACCUGCGGGAAAAACUGGGCACCGCGGCGGCGAGGGCCCCCGUGGAGAAGUGGGCAAGGAGGGGGCCCUCGGGCUGCCGGGCCCGCUGGGCCAGCAGGGCGAGACGGGGCUGCCAGGGAGCACCGGGAAGGAGGGCGAGCCUGGAAAGGAGGCAACAAAUGAACACAUACAGGACGUGUGCAUGAGGGUGAUGCAAGAACAACUUGCCCAGCUGGCUUCUGGCAUACCUCGCCGAGAUCCCGGAGCCAUGGGGGUUAUGGGCCCUCCUGGGCUACCGGGGCCCCAAGGACUACCAGGCCCCAACGGAGUCAUGGGCCACGAAGGUCUCCGUGGCCUGCCUGGCCUUGAGGGCUCUCAGGGCCCCAUUGGAAACAAAGGAGCCAGAGGAAUUCAUGGAGAAAAGGGAGACCAAGGUGAUGCAGGUUAUGGGCCUAAAGGUCUCCUUGGCAAUAUAGGACUAACAGGCAGAGAAGGCUCUCCCAGCUAUGGCCGCGAUGGUUUGGAUGGCCCCAAGGGCCUCCCUGGACCCUCUGGCCGACAGGGACGACCUGGUUCUCCAGGGCCUCCAGGAUCUCCAGGCUACUGUGACCCAGCCUGCCAUGGACCCAUUGCUUUCCAAGGGCCGGCUUCUGAUGUAAAAGGACCAUGAGUAAAACAAAUAAUAAUAAUGAUACAAUCUUUGACAGCAGUUAUACAUCGUUUAAAUGAUCAACAUAAUGUGGUACUUAAAUUUCUACAUUUGUGGAACAUUUUUUGUGAGUAAAUGAAAGCCAGAAAAUAGUUGUUGUAACUUUGCUCCUAAAGUGACAAUUCAAAAACAACUGUGUAUUAUUUUGUUUGUAUUGUAUGUCGUUAGAAUGCCCAUUCUUGCUCUGUGGCAUGAAAAUAAAUCAAUUUUCUGGAAUAAAAGCGGCGAUAUUGCAACUGCCCAUACUACUUGAAGGUGCAUGAUAAAAGUGGAAAUGGAGCAAGUGCUGGUAUUUCGUUCAGGGUGUCUAUAAUUUUGUUUUAAGUUUGGAAGGAUCCCUUAAUUUGCAGGAGAGUAGAAUAAUAGCAAGGCCAAGUUUGUAACCAUAUUGAAAAUGUGACUUUUUAUCAUUUACAUAAACCAAUAACGCCACCUGUGUGAGGUCCUGGCAAGUUAAUGAUGGUGGCAUCCACAAGCCUUGGGAUUCCACUUUGAAAGUGCACUUUUCUCAAUCAUACUUCAAACCUGUUGUUUGGGCUAGAAGGCCCAAUGCAUGCAACCUCGGUGCCUGUACAGCUUAUGGUGUGGAGCAGUCAAUAGCAAAACAAGGAAAAUGACUUUUAAUAAAUGAAUCAUCAUACAGAAGACUACUCUGAAAAGCAAGUCAUGUUUUCGUAUUUUGUGAUGGGUUUAUUUUGACUUCUCUGUUAAAUCACGACACCAAAUGUUUUUUUGUAAAUGACUUUCAAGAUGUGAUGCUAUAAAUUGUAUUUUCACCUGGAUUACCUUCUGUUUUUCUUUUUGUCAACAGCUUCUCAGUGUUAACUGAAUUACCUUGGCUGUUUUCUCCCAUGUUAUAAAUCUUAAGGCUAACAUUAUCCGGACACCCUGCAUCUGUUAAACUAUACCACAGAUUGAGCAAUUCACCAUUUUAAAUUGUCACCUUACGUGCAUUCACGCAUUGAAGACUCACAUUCACUCAUAAUCACCCUCGUUUGAAAACUUUGCAAGCAUUUACAAUCAUUAAAUGACAAUUAAUACCUUCAGGAAAACAAAACAAUGUUAAAUUCAGUACAAAACAGUGUUGUGUCUGUUGUAUUGACAACCAUCGCAGAACAUGGCUUUAAUACCACUAUCUUUUGGGAAAAUUCCAGAACUGGUCACUCAUUUAUAUUGUAACUGCUAAAUGC